AUGUCUGACAAAGUUGGGCACGUCGUCUCGAUCUCUCUGAAGCAGACGGACUUCAGGGAGCUGGGUACGAAAAAGGCUCUCCUUGCUCGUGUCGGUACCGGCACCGAUCAUGGCAUCUUUCUCGUCCAGGAGAUGCUUACGAAUCACUUGGGUUUCUCACCGGGAAAUGUCGAGAUGCUCUACUUUGACAUCGAAGAGCAGGACGGUAUAAAACAAGCCAGGAGAGGGCAGGACCCGCCCACGGCCACUCUUUUCAGGGAGAAGUUCACCCGUCUGAUAUCUACUGCGUCCGCAGGAGAUGUCCGCUUCUUGUAUCUCGACGCUCGUAGGGCCGUGUCCCCCGGUGGAGGUUCGAGUAGAUCGUCGAGGCAGGGCGAGGGCUGGGACUUUGCGGAGGACGGCCAGGGAGAGACGAAGGAGGUUGUGCACGAUGACUGGAUUCGCAAUACAGUCCGUGAGAACUUAAAACCCGGAAUCAACUUGACGGUUCUCACCACGUCAGGUGUAGGUGGCGGGAUGUUCAAGAAGCAAACUGCAACACCCGGUAUCUUCCUCGCUGGCUGCGACGAAGCACAGCUCAACGUCAAAGCCCUGAAGCAAGGCAACGACAUCCUAGACCCGUGGUCGGAUGCUAUAACCAAAGUCAUCGCAAAGCGUGUAGAAUAGAAGCGAGGGGUACCGAGCUACACUAUCCUCUUCAACGAGACGAAGAAGUACAUUGAGAAGCAACUCAAAAAUGGUCCACCUCUCUGUCCGACCUACAGAGGCCCCAGCCCAGACGAGACGAAGCCACUCCCAUACGAACCGGUCUGGAUGACGAGUAAUCAGGAUCCGCAAUUGAUGCUCUAUGACGGGUAUGUAGACCCGGACACGGAGAAGUUUUUGUGUCCAUUUGUGGCCGCAAACGGUGGGAGUGCUAGUGGGGAAUUUAGAAAGUAUCCACGCGACGAGGUCUAUGAGUAACCGUUCAUCGAGGCAGUACUGUCCUAUUCAAUGCGUUGUUUGUCUAUUGUUCAUUGAUUUUGUCAAUGUAUACUUACUAGUAAGGAAAUCGUAGCACUGGC